AUGGACUUUGAUUCUGCACCGGGCACUAUUCUGGAGGCAAGUGCGACGUACAAGAACUCAGCUUCUGCGCGAGACGGUCAAUUUAGACUGGUUCACGCUUGCAUAUCCGAGUUUUCGAGACCGGGCUAUGCCUCCGAUAAUACUAUAGUAGAUCGAUCUAAGUCCAAUGUUCAACAGCUCGUCUAUACUUUACAAUACGAGCAAACUGCGGUUCAGCUGCAUGAUCGCUCUCAAUUAGUAGCUUAA